GUCAGAAGUCGGGUGCAUUGAUGAAGUACCUAGUGUAUUUGAAAGUAUAGAUCAGGCAAGAAACCACCUUGAUAAGCUGGCCAGUGCAGUCUUUCGUUUCCGUGCAGAUCUUCUUCACCGCGCUUCCUCCUGUUCCACUCUGUCUCUGCUGGAACCUGACGAGGAAAGAGAUUGGGUAAAAGAAUAUGUCACCCAGCACAUUAUUUCUCGCAGCUUUGUUCACCCCGGAGGAGACCCCUCAUCUCUAGUCGAAGUAAAGCGUCUGCAGAACAAUCUGACACGGUGGCUCUCUGCAUUCCGCUCCUUCCAAGCUGCAGCGUUAUCGUCGGCGUCAGAAACGACCUUGUCGCAGGCCUUAGGCUUGCUAGAAAUCCAGCAUUUCUAUCUAUUCUUCAUAAUGCAGACUUACCUUGACACCAGCGAGUCCGAGUGCGACCGCUUCAUACCCAUGUUUAGGCAUAUCAUUCGCUUGGCCGAGUCUGUUUUAAAGACCGGUCCUAGCAGUAAUGGAACGAGCAAGAUAACCUUUACACUCGAAUCUGGGAUUCUGCCUUCUCUUUUCCUAAUCACUCUAAAAUGUCGUGAUUCCGGUCUCCGGCGCCGCGCUCUCAGUCUGCUGGGCGAGAGUUAUUGCCAGGAGGGAAUGUGGGAAGGUGCAUUGUUGGCAAAAUUCAUGAAAGAGGUUAUCGACAUGGAGGAGGACCUUUCAGAUCCACACAGAACUGGGCGCGCUGACGGAAACCUCAAGGCAGAGGGGGUUCCUGAGGAGGCACGUUUCAGCGAUGUAGCUCUUGCGGGGUGUGAGGAUAUGCCUGGCUGGGGGAGGCUUGUUGCCGGGCGGUAUGUCCACAGCAGUGCGGAGGCGGUGCUGAGAGAGAGGGUCUUUGUGAUGUAGUUGCAACGCUAAAGAAUUUCAGAACUGCAAUAACG